CUUUCUUCCUCUGGUUUCUCCACAGCAACCCUAAAAUAUUGGGAACACUUUCACCUCUUCCAAGUGAAUGGAAUUCCUCAAGAAAGAAACCCUGAAAUCUCACUAGAUCAGAGAACAACCCCAGAUUCAACUCAGACCCACUUCACCAAUGGCUGCAUUCUCCUUCCCCAAAUCCCUCCCGGCUCUAGUUUUCCUUGUUUUUCAGCUCGGAAUGUUAGUUGCAGAGCAAGAUGCUUCCUUUUCGUUCAAGAGUCUUGGUAAAGAUCCGAGCUUUGAGUCAAAUGUUGCUUUAUAUGGGGAUGCAAAGGUUGUUCCUGGGGAGUCUCGGGUCCAACUCACUAAUUCGGUGAGUUCAAGCACUGGGCGAGUCAUGUACAAGAAACCCAUCAAGUUUGUUGAAGGUACUCCUAGGAAAUUUGCUUCUCUUUCAACAUACUUUUCUUUUUCAAUGUCGCAUGAAAGUGGUGAAGGAUUGGCUUUCUUUAUGAUUACUAGGGGUAGCGUCCCCAAGGCAUUUGAUAGUAGUUCCUUUGGACACUCUCUAGGAAAGGGGGAAAGAAAUAUUAGUGUUGUUGCUGUUGAAUUUGAUACCUUGAGAGAUUCUAAGUAUGGUGAUUUGGAUGAAAAUCAUGUGGGCAUUGAUAUUAGUAGUCUUGAAUCAGUUAAAGUGAGAAACUUGUCAGCUAUCAAUAUGGUGUUGAAUAAUGGAGAAAAGUUGCAUUCUUGGAUUGAUUAUGAGGCAAGCUCAAGAAGGUUAGAAAUUAGGCUGAGUCAUUCCGGGGAUAGGAAGCCAGCUGAUCCCUUGCUUUCAUACUCAAUUGACUUGUCAGGAAUGUGGUAUGAGGAAGAAGUGUUUGUUGGGUUAAGCUCUUCAAAUGGGAAUUCUUCACAGACUUGUUCUAUUUACUCCUGGAGCUUCAAGCUGAGGCAUGUUCCGCAAUGGAUGCAUUCUGAGCCAGUGGAUCUCAAGGCUCUCACCAAGGACCCAAAACCUGUAUUGGUUAGUCAUAAGAAAAGUCAUUGUCUCUUGAGAGUUCUUGGUGCUCUGAUUUUUGGCACUGUGUUUGGAGCACUGGCAGCAUCCUGUGUGAUGUAUUUGCGGAAAAUCUUUGGAAAUAAGCGUCCAGUGGCUCCAGAAGAGUGUGCUGUGCACCCUGUCGAUUUUGAGUACAAGAAGUUCAAGGUAGUCGUAGGUAAAGCUGUCGAAGAUGACGCGAAGUAGAUCUUUUAAGGGUUUGAUUUUGUGAGAUGUUUUGAUGUUGUAAAUGUGAGUUUCUUGUACCUGCUUUUCUUAAGUUGUUGUAACUGAUGAUCAAUUUGUGAAAGAAAUGUAGCUUUCUGUUGCUUAUUGUUUUUGAAUUUGACAAUGGGGAACAUCGAGUUUUUAGGCAAUCUAUUCUUCAGA